AAUGUAACUGGGUUAUUUCAGGUCAAAGGUAUACAAUAUGGCGACGAAAACACUUCUGUUAACGUUUACUAAUGUACUAUUUUCCAUCAAAUCCGUGUCGGCAUAUUACUGUAACAAUGACCGGUGUAAGGAGACAGAAUACUGCUGUGGAAAUAACAUUUGCUGUGCAUCCUACACAGUCUGGCAGCUCUGGUAUUUCUGGUUUGGAAUUGUGCUGUUUCUGGUGAUGCUGUUUAUGUGUAUCUGCCUGUGGAAAUACAGAUACAGGGACCGUCGCCUUAUCAACGCUUACAGACACAUGUCAAAUAUCAAAACAGACAAGCAAAGCCAAUUUAACUUUGUCAAGUCUGAGACAGCAAGCCCUACCCAGUCUCAAGGGAAAGUACCACCCCAUUCAGCAGAAUCCACCUCCCACAUACAAUGAGGCGACCGACAGUGGUUUUACCAAGGCCUACAGCGGAACACACUAACAACUCCUCACAAUGCUUGUCUCUUAUUUACGCAUUCACCAUCAUGUAGUUUUACUGAGUGAAUGAUUUGUUGAUAUUUUUGAGCUCACUUGGCUCUAAGUGCCUGUGAUCUUAUAGGAUGGUGGUGCAUCAUCCAUUUGUUAUCAGCAUUUCUACUGUCAUUACUAGUGGUCAGCCACCAUCACAUGGACCAACAUUUAUUAUCAAAGUCAUAUAUGUUUUCAGCUUCAGAUGACUAAAUACUGUUACAGUGUUAUCAUUUCAUUAGCAAAUAUAUUUUUCCAAUACAAUUACCAAACUGGUGAGCAAUAUAAAUGUUUGGCUUUUGUUGAUGGUGAUCCUCAGUCAUCUCAAUCAAACUCUACUGAUAAUGACUCUCUUCUAAAGUUCUAGAUUUAGCAACUCUGUCUUAGCUGAAGAUUCUGUUGGAUCGGUGGUUAUGGCAGAGCUGACGUUUGAGCUUAUAAAUCUGUCAGAGUGGUGAUUCUGUCUGAGCUGAGAUAAGAGCUGAUGAUUCUGUGAAAGUGAUGAUCCUCUGUCAGGCCUGGUCAUUCUCUGUCAGGCCUGGUCAUUCUCUGUCAGGCCUGGUGAUUCUCAGUCAGGUUUGGUGAUUCUGUGAAGGCAGUGAUUCUCUGUCAGGCCUGGUGAUUCUCUGAAGGUGGUGAUCCUAUGUCAGUCUUGGUGAUUCUGUGAAGGUGAUGAUCCUCUGUCAGGCCUGGUAAUUCUGUGAAGGUGAUGAUCCUCUGUCAGGCCUGGUGAUUCUGUGAAGGUGGUGAUCCUCUGUCAGGCCUGGUAAUUCUGUGAAGGUGAUGAUCCUCUGUCAGGCUUGGUGAUUCUCUGUCAGGCCUGUUGAUUCUGUGAAGGUAGUGAUCCUUUGUCAGCCUUGGUGAUUCUGUGAAGGCGGUGAUUCUUUGUCAGGCCUGGUGAUUCUAUGAAGGUAGUGAUCCUUUGUCAGGCCUGGUGAUUCUGUGAAGGCGGUGAUUCUCUGUCAGGUCUGGUGAUUCUGUGAAGGUGAUGAUCCUCUGUCAGGCUGGUGAUUCUGUGAAGGUGAUGAUCCUCUGUCAGGCUGGUGAUUCUGUGAAGGUGAUGAUCCUCUGUCAGGCUGGUGUUUCUGUGAAGGUAGUGAUCCUCUGUCAGGCUGGUGUUUCUGUGAAGGCGGUGAUCCUCUGUCAGGCUUGGUGAUUCUAUGAAGGUAGUGAUCCUUUGUCAGGCCUGGUGAUUCUGUGAAGGUAGUGAUCCUCUGUCAGGCUGGUGUUUCUGUGAAGGUGAUGAUCCUCUGUCAGGCCUGGUGAUUCUAUGAAGGUAGUGAUCCUUUGUCAGGCCUGGUGUUUCUGUGAAGGCAGUGAUUCUCUGUCAGGCCUGGUGUUUCUGUGAAGGCGGUGAUCCUCUGUCAGGCUGGUGUUUCUGUGAAGGCAGUGAUUCUCUGUCAGGCUGGUGUUUCUGUGAAGGCGUGAUCCUCUGUCAGGCUUGGUGAUCCUCUGUCAGGCUUGGUGAUUCUCUUUCAGGCUUGGUGAUUCUGUGAAGGCGGUGAUUCUAUGUCAGGCUUGGUGAUCCUCUGUCAGGCUUGGUGUUUCUGUGAAAGUGGUGAUUCUAUGUCAGGCUUGGUGAUUCUGUGAAGGUAGUGAUUCUCUGUCAGGUCUGGUGAUUCUGUGAAGGCGGUGAUUCUCUGUCAUGCCUGGUGUUUCUGUGAAGGCGGUGAUCCUUUGUCAGGCUUGGUGAUUGUCUUUCAGGCUUGGUGAUUCUCUGAAGUCGGCGAUUCUUUGUCAGGCCUGGUGAUUCUGGUAUUCACACAUCAAUAAUAGUCCUUAUACUUGAAAAGGUUCUCCUGGAAACACUUUCCUCUUAAUCACAUUCUUUCCUGAUCAUUUGGAACUGAGUUCAUGAUGGUAAAAAUUUACAACAUUUGUUAUGGCUAAAUAUUGGUUGGCAUCUGAUCAGUUAGAUUUCUUCUGGAUUACAGAUUUUGAUAUUUGCUUUAUUUUCUCGGUUUUUGUUAAAUGGUUGGGGACCACAUUGACAAGCCAGUAUGAUUUUUGACUGAUACAGAUUACUUACCAGUGUUUGCAUAUACACUACAAGUGUGGAGACAUAUAUCAGUUGGUUGGCACUCAUAAUCCAUUAUGAAUUAUGACAUUGAUAAUCCAUUUAAUUAUUUAUGCAUUCACUUACUUCUAAAGACGCUCUGCUCUCAUAAAUGUGCUUUGUUUACAUUAAGGAUAAUAUUUCUGUCUUUAGUAAUUCUUUAAGGAUUUUUCCCGAACGCAUUUUCUAAAAGUUUUAAUGAGUGCACAUACAAAGAGAUAUAGAGGGUACACAAGAUUUGAGUGAGUCCCACAGAGGAACAUGUGUCAGGACUCAAAUUAUCCGAGUCCCACAAAUCAGGUAGCAAGUCAUCAAACUGAUUUGCUUUAUGAAAUGACCAUACUUUGAUUGGGAUUUUAAUUGUAUAUCAGUUGUGGGAAUCACUUUAAAAUUCAUGAUAGAUUAUCACAAUUUCUUAAACAGUCGUUGAUUGAUUAUUUUUCGAUCAUGUACAGAAAUAGAAAUAUUUGCAAAAUCAUUCACCAAAAUGGGGAAAAUCUUAACAUUGUGGAUAUAUUUAAGGCAUCUAGCCGUGUUUUGAAAAAAGUUUAUUAGUGCAUUUUGAUUACAGAAUUUUCCAGUGAGUUUUGUUAAUUUAUUAAUUUUUUAAGUCGGCUCAAUAGCUACUGAAAAUUUUCAUAUUAAACACAACAAUGAUGGAUCACAAAAAAAACAUGAUUGAUUAGUCCUAGUCAGAGGUAAAAUGCCUAAUCAUUGAUUAUCUUGAUUUAAACGGAACAACACUACUGUAUAUACAUGUAUGCUGUAGAUCUAGACGUCUUUAAUUUCUGCUCAUAUUGAGUGAUGUUUACUUCUGUCGGCUGUAGACUGAUGCCUCCAAAUCCAUGUGCAAUCGUUGAAUCUCAUCGUUGUUAAUCAUGUAUAUAAUUAUAUGUAUGUGUGUGUGUGUAUGCGGGAAAGAAUGAGUGACAAAAGAUAUUGUUUUUAGAAUUUAUUACCUACUGUUGGUAUAUGCAUAUAUAGUAUGCUCGUGGUUAUUUAAUCUUUUAGCUUCAAACAUAUUUAUCAAUUAACGGUUGGGGUGGAUGCAGUGUACCGUCGCACAGAUGAUGUGAAGGGUUGCCAUACUACAAAAAUAUGUCUCUGUGAUUCGUUUACAUUUCUACUGGGUUCAAAAGAUUUGUUGGGUUUUACUUACAUUUAGGUUGUAUUGCAAGAUAUAUCUAUCAGCCUUGGGCCCAGUUGUUCAAAAGUUGAUUAGCUUAAUCUAAAUCACUUGAUUAGUGAAAAUCUCAUUUCUCCUUUACUUAAAAGCCUGUGUAUGUAUUUUCCUUUAAAUAGGCAGGUAGAAAGAAGGAGACUGAAGAGCGUUACAGAAUUUCAUAGAAUUUGUCAAGAUUUGCCGGAAAUGAUUUUAUCAGAAUAUGAAAAUUGUUUCUAAACUGCUAUUGGCCUGAUCACCUUUUGAACAACUGGGCCCUGUUGUAUAGAGUUAGUUGACAAUGUACCUGCAUGCAUCUCAACCUGUUGUAAUAAUAGUUUACCUGGGAUAAGCAAUUUCAUUUCACUAGAUUCUACUUAAUCCAGAUGUAGUGGAGAAGAUUGAUUUCUAUAGAUAACAUGUGUGAACUAAACUGUUCUGGUAUAACAGGUUUUUAUCGGUAUAUAAAUCUGUAUAUAGGUUUUUUUUGGUCUUUUUCUAACAUUGAUGAUCGUGCUGUAGUAAAAGUCUCUCAACUUUAUAUAUUUAUUUAUUCUUGUGUUACAAGUGUUUAUUAAUGUUUUAUGUAUAAUCAGAUAGUUUUUAUCUGAGGUCGAACGUUUGAUGACGCAUGUUGGUCAUGUUACUCUAAAGCAAUAUUUAUAUAUUGUCAGUGUGAUAACUAAGAACUGUGUUUACUAUAUAAUGUACAAACAAUGCUAUCGGUGUGUAUACGAGAAAGACUAGACUAUCGGUACCUUAGACUGGACGGUUUUUUGACUGUUUAAUACAUAUUUUUGAUGUUUUGAUAACCUUAUCUGAUCUUUGAUUAAUUAUCUGUUAUUCAAAUAGAUGAGUAGAUUGUACCAGACCACAAUUAGUUAAAAGUGUAGAGUAUGAGGUAGGUUGAUCCAAUUCAAUUGAGAAGUCUCGUUACAAAAAGUCAAAUGUCAAAGUUGCUUACUAAUGGUUAAUAUCUUUUUAUUUGAUAUUGGUAGUACAAAUCAAAUCAAAUGAAGUGAUCCAAAAUCACAGAUCUUCCUAAAUAGCAAUUCAUUUAAGAAGUCUCGUUACAAAAAGUCAAAUGUCAAAGUUGCUUCUUAAUGGUUAAUAUCUUUUUCUUUGAUACUGAUAUACAUAUAUCAAAUCAAAUGAAAUGAUCCAAAAUCAGAAAACUUCCUAACUAGAUAAUACUGAUAUCAGGAAAUACAAAAUUGUAUCAAAGAAAAUUUCAUUUAAACAAGGAUUUAUAUGACCAUAAUUUCAAGUUUAUGGGUCAAAAUUCAUGUGGUUUAUCUUAUAACUGCUAAAACUUCAAAAAGAAAUUGCAAAUGAGAGGAGAUAGAAUUUUGCUUUAGUCUGUUAAAGACCCUGGCUGUUUACAGAACGAUAUCAACAAACAGACUUUUACUGACCAAACAAGCGGGUCGAUUCUAAUCAUUAUCUUCAUCUGGGAACAGUUGGUAGUUCAUUAUACACAUAGUGUUUAUUAAUGCUUUUGGUUUGUGUGUUAGAUAUUAUAGCUUGAAUUGAUACUUACUUAUACUUAAUAUAUUAAAUCUAUGUACAAUUGUAUACUAUGUUUUUCAGUCUAGAAUGUAAAUAUUCAACCACCACAAAAAUAUUUUUAUCCAGAGUUCUCAGGUGGACAUUUGAGGGUUGUAUGCUGAAAAUCUACCUUCAUGGUAGUUUUCAACAUCCAGGCAUUCUUAAACUUCAUGAACUGGAUUCGUGCAUUUUUCUCAUAGUUUGUAUUUACUAAUUCAUACAUGUACAUUAUGUAUUACCGUACAUUGUUCUCACUUUCAUCCUACUUAUAUGAAGGAACUAUGUGGCCUGUCACCUUGUCCAGUUGAUAACAUGUGAAUUGGUUAGAUGGAUCAGCUUUUACAUAGAGUUUGGUUGUUUUGUUUCAGUAAAUGUAUUAGGUAUAAACAAGUCCCUCAGCCUGUUGGCUCCUCACAUCAGUGGCCAACAAGAUAGACCAAUUAAUUUUGUUUCUACAGAAGUUUUGAUUAAGCAGUAAUUUUUUUUUUUCUUUAUUUGGAUUUGUCAAAUUUUCGAUGUACAAUAUGAUUAAAAUAUUGUCUUACAAAAGACCUAUACCAGAAGUUCAUGAUUUUAAUUAUUUAUUUGAUCUUGAAUUAAUUGUUACAGUUUUAGGAUUAUAUUUUGGUAUUCGAUCGUUACAGUUUCUAGGAUUAUUUUUUUGUAUUGCAUAUUGUUGAUAAUUGAGAUUGAAAAUUGUUGAAAUGACAAAUUUAAUUUUAGAAUUAGAAUCACACGAGCAUAAUGGGACUAUGGAGCAUUUGCUCCAUUAUUUGUAAGUCUAAUGAUCUUGAGACUGGUUCACACUGAUAAAGAUAUCAGCAGGGAGAAUGUGAUACAGACUGGUUCACACCUACACCUACGGUCUAAUAGUAAAACUCUAUACAAUUACCAUAAAUCAGCCAUUUCAUUACAGUCAAAACGAUUGACUUUAUUCCAGAUAGUGAGAUGUUGAUUAUGGUUAGUGUGAUAAGUCUGAAGUGAUUAUUAGUGUUUAGAUCAUAAUGAGAGAGAGAAAAGGUUGAACAUGUCUAAUCUGACCCAAGAUUAUUCUGACAUCCUGUCUAAUCCGACCCCAGAUUUUUCUGAUAUCCUGUCUAAUCUGACCCCUAAGUAUUCUGACAUCCUAUCUAAUCCAACCCAGAUUAUUCUGACAUCAUGUCUAAUCUGACCCCAGAUUAUUCUGAAAUUAUGUCUAAUCUGACACCUGAUUAUUCUGACAUCCUGUC